ACAUUUCUUUCUUCUCUGGAUAUAUCCUAGUCAUUUAUAAGCUGUGGUGUGUUUACUUAAAGGUGGAAUUUGCUUUUGGUUAGGCUACUAGGCUGCCUAUUAGCAUUUCAUCUCAACCACAGUCCUAACUUACAUGGAAGAAGUUGUAUUGCAAUUGUCUGUUAGCCUUUUAAUGUCUAUUUAGUUUUUGUAGGUCUUUAAAACACAAGACAUUUACAACAACCUUAAUUUAUGGAAAUAUGACCUUCCAUUUAGGUUUUGGAUGCUAUGUUGUACUACAAGAUUGUUGUCUUCAGCGCCCAAUCUAUUAAUGUAGCCUCUAUUGAUUUUAAUUAGUGCCUAUGUACAAUAUUAACGAUAUUUGUGCGGUUCUUGACUCGGUGAUACAUUGCACUUCGGUAAAUUUAGACAACGGAAUCGUUGGAGUAGCACUCGUUUCACCUCUGCAUGCUAUGCGCAAUAUUCGGCCUUCAUCAGGUUACUGUUUGAUUAUUUGAACGUAGCAAAAUAGUUGUAAUACAAGGAAUUCAUUCAGAUUUUGGUAUGGCACACGUAUUACCAAUCUUCUAGACGUUUAAAACGGGGAUUUGUUUGAACUGUUUGUGGAGAUUUGGUUGGUUUUAAUCUCUAUUAAAGUUUCGUUUUUAAGGAAUAUUAUAAAUCAGCCUGUUCUUCAUGCAGGGUACUUGUAUAAUAAUGUCAAUUAAUACGAUUGUGGAUAUAUCAAACGAAUUAAGGUUGGCUCUACCUCUAUGGUUUUAUUUGAUCUACUACGAUAGACACUAAGACACUUUUGAUAGGCACAUUGAUCACCUCUUUUUAUUGUAAGUUAAACUAUAUAUCGCACUAAUUAUGAGGUUUCAUUACGUGGUUGGUUCUGGCACCUCUCUUAUUACAGCCGCAUCAGUGAUUUGCGGUGGUAUGAUACCUGUAUCUGCUUUGAAUGCUAACAGUGAUGACGGUAACUCCGUAAAGGAGAAUGUAACGCACGUUAACACUACCUUUUCAAGCAGACUUUUCCAUUUUAUGGGCAACGAGCACACUACAAAUCCGUUUGGCAAGUCAGCAAGAAGGGAAGCUGUGUCUGAGGACAGUAAAAGUGGAGAUGAUAAUGAUAUUCCAAAGUCAAGCACCGAUUCCGACGAAUCCAAUGAAGAUGCGGAUAUACAUAAUGUAUUUGAUAAGUAUAGGAAGUUAACUUACACAGCGAGUGAGCUCGCAGACAAGAUUCGUGAGAUAUUAUCUGCUCCAGAUCCACAAUAUGGCACUGAUUACAACAGGGAAUGGGGCCGUGCUUGUUUAACUGCUGAUUAUGAAAUUCCUAAAACUGCAUCUCAUAUUCACUUUGAUGUUUUUGAUCCUUUUUUGCCCCCUGGCCUACUUUUCGAGGACCUUGGUUGUUUGCAUCUUUACAACGUCGCCAAUGGAUAUCAUUUGUAUAAAAUUCGUUUUGGUGACAUGGUUAUAACGUUGCUUCCUGACCUUGAGCAUGUUUCAAUGCAUUUAUUUGAGGACUCAUGGGGAAUGAUGGUCGUUCGCGUGAUGUUUGCCUACAAAGGUCUGUUAAAUCGUCACGAAUACACUGAAUCUAGCCGGGGAACGCGGGAAUUCCGUAAGACAAUGGGUCCUGUAUUGCAGCACGCUCCCCCGCCUAUUAACACUAAGGAUUUGAACAAAUGGCUGGAUGAGAAGUACCUGUUGUUAUCUCAACAACGCCCUGCUAUAAUUGAGGAGGUCUUAACACAGCAAAAAAAUUAACGAUCGGUUGCAAGAAAACAGUGCAUCGCAUGUAACAUUGCUAACCUGCACAUA